ACUUUUAGUGAUUUAAAAAGAGGAAUAUACCCGGUGAUAAGUUGUGAACUAGUCGCCAGAUAGCCGGUACGUAAUCUGGAUCAGUGGCGGUGGACACACUAGGGACAGACGGCUAAACUACCCGGGUAAUCUCUCCUCUCGCGCCGGCAACUACCAUGGCCACUUUGAUAGAUAUAACAGAUAGAGACAGCGGUGUGGCGAGCAGCGAGGCCACACCAGAGAGCCAGAUGCUGAGCCCUACAGCACAGGAGGAGGCGGUGAAGGUGAUGGGGGAAGCGGUGGAGGCCGCCGCCGCCAGGGUGUCGUCUGCUGCUCUGGACGUGGCCGACGCUCCUCAUGUUAUUGCUAGGGUUCUCAGAGGCGACGGCGACGCUGACGACGUCGACGACGACGAGGAUGUUGAUGAAAGCCUAGGGGAGAGAAUAUGGGGAUUAACAGAGAUGUUCCCUGAACGUCUUCGAACCACCAGUGUUAAUGCUGUAUCGACCUCUUUAAAUGUAGUAAAAAGCGCCUAUGAUUUGACUCGGCAAGUAGUAUGGAUAGCAGUUAGUACAUCUGUCAUCCUAUUUGCUCCUGUGAUGUUUGAAUUAGAAAGACUCAAUGUCGAAGAGAUGAUGAAACAAGAUAGAAACAGGCUUGUAUUGGGUCCUGGAUCAGCCAUGUCUGGGCCACCAAUUGCUCCCGGUCUUAUGCCACCGCCUCCAACACGAUAAUUUCCUUGCUGUUGUCCCCCUUUCAAGCCCCCCUCCUCCCCUCCCCCCACGACUGUUGAAAGUACAGGCUAUAAUUGCAAAAAUAUUCAUGGAUGUUACUUCAAGUUGUUAGAUGGUGGCAGCACCACAAACAUGGGUAAAAGUAUGGGAAUUGGUAAAUUAUAUUGAACUCCUUGUCUUAGUUGAGAGUGCAGACAUUAGUUUUAAUACCAUGUCCUUUCACUAAAAAUACCAUAUCUUUGAGGGGGAGGUCACAAAAUAUAUCCCCCAGACAUUUCAUACAUUAUACUGAACAUUCAGUUGUCAAAGUUGUGCAUAUACGAUAUAAACUUGACCUUUGCAAGUGAAAUGUAUGAGAAGGAAAAGCAUUAAUGGAGAACCAUUAAUGGGGGGAAUGUGGGUAUUUCUUCAUGCCCAUGAAUCCCCAUAGAAUGGGGGAUGAUGUAUACCCUGAAUUUUUGCAUACGUGUUUAUCUUUUAAACAUAGGGGUAUGUAACGAUAUGGAGAAUAGUUUUCUCUCGCCCAGAGAAAUUACAGUGUAGGUAGGUACCCUGCAGUCAUAUCAAUUAUGUAAAAUAAUAUGAAAUUUAAUAAAUAUUCAGGUGAAUGCUCCGAAUUUGCAAUUGUAAUGAUUUGUACAUAUGUUAAUAUGGCUAGAGCUAUUUUAAGAAGUUAAUUGUGUAAAGAUGAUCAUUUUGUAUUUAAUUUAUAAUAGAUGACUUAAGCUCACCUGAUUGUGUAUGAUUUGUAUAGUCAUCAGAAUAGGGGAGAUGAGACCUUGUAUAAUCUGAUGCUGGUUGAAAAUGUUUGGCCACUAAAGCAGCUAAAUAGUUAUGCCUAGUAUAUAAUAAUCUAUUUAAAUUCAAGUGUAUGUAGAGCUGCUGUUUUUGUAUUUUGUGGUGUAGAAUUAAUAAGUUCUGUUGUAUAUUUUAACUACUGUUGACCAACUUUUGUGCAUCCUUUAAAAGUACUGUAAUAAACUUUUUUUAUUGA